GAACGAACGCAAAAAGCGCACGUUCCAAAAAAAGCCGGCAAAAAAGUAGAGCGCAAAAAAGCGAAUAAGUUUAGCAAUGCAAAAAAGUCCAGCAACCCUAAGGCUUUCACCUUUCAAAGUGCAGGCAGAGCAGAAAAGACAGUGCGCAGAAACUUUGAUAUUGGUGAGAAGAAGCUUCAUGUUCCCUUAGUUGAUCGUACACCUCUAGAAUCACCUCCAGUAGUAGUUGCAGUUGUUGGACCACCUGGAACCGGUAAAUCGACACUUAUUAGAUCUUUGGUAAAGCGGUAUACAAAGCACAAUUUGAAUGAGAUAAAGGGACCCAUUACCGUUGUCAGCGGUAAAAAAAGACGUUUGACCUUCAUUGAAUGCAACAACGACAUGAACUCCAUGAUCGAUGUUGCUAAAAUCGCAGAUCUAGUCCUACUGAUGAUCGAUGCUAGUUUCGGUUUUGAAAUGGAAACAUUCGAAUUCCUCAAUGUUUUACAAUCUCACGGUUUUCCUAAAGUGAUGGGUAUUCUCACUCAUUUGGAUAAAUUUCGCAACAACAAAACACUGAAAACUACGAAGAAGAGAUUAAAAAAUCGUUUUUGGACUGAAAUCUAUCAAGGUGCUAAACUGUUUUACCUCUCUGGCAUUAUCAACGGCCGAUACCCCAAUCUAGAAAUUCAAAACCUAUCCCGUUUCAUAUCUGUCAUGAAGUUUAGACCUUUGAUUUGGCGUAAUACUCAUCCUUACGUGGUGGCUGAUCGUAUAGAAGAUUUGACAGAUCCAGAAUUAUUGCAUAGAAAACCUACAUGCGAUCGUACCGUCACUUUAUACGGUUAUUUACGUGGUACCAAUCUCAAACCUAAUAUGCGUGUGCAUAUUCCUGGUGCAGGUGACCACUAUUUAGCUGACGUCUCAGUUUUACCCGAUCCUUGUCCUUUACCUGACAAGGAAAGAAAACGUUUGGAUGAAAAGCAUAAGCUUAUCUAUGCUCCUAUGUCCGACGUAGGAGGCGUCAUGUAUGAUAAAGAUGCAGUUUAUAUUAAUGUACCUGGCCAUUUUACGAAAAAAUCAGCCUAUGCGCCAUCAGAAUUACAAGAAGGCGAAGAAGCUGAUAAAGAAGAGAAUACUCCUCAGGGAACCGGAGAAAAGUUGGUCAUGGAUCUGCAGGAUGCGCAAGACACACUAGCGUCUCAGUUAGAGGAUGCUGAGUUACGUAUUUUCUCUGGCUCAGCUCCAGUAAGAGCCGCAGAUGUGAAGGAAUCUUUAGAAGAAGACGAUAAUGGCAGAACGCGUCGACGAGCUGUUUUCGCUAAUGAAGAUGCGGAAGAUGAUGAUAUGAAUGUGGAUGAUGACGACGAAGAUGACGACGAAGAAGAUGAAGAGAACGAUAUGAUGGAAGAAGAUACUGACGAUGAGGAUGAGGAACAUGCACCUCGACGAGGAAAGGCCCUGAGUAAAUUUGAUACGAGAAAUAUUCCCAAGAAAGGGGAAAAAGACGAUAAAAAUGAUGAAGAGGAACCAGCAUUUGAAUUCGCCGAAAGUGACAGUGAUUUAGGAGCUGAAGAUGAUGAUAAUGAAGAAGAUAUGGUGUUUAUUGAUGGCCAUCGAAAAAGAAGUGCAGAAGAGGAAGAAGAACUUGCAGGCGAGCUUCGUUGGAAAGCCAAUCUGAAAGAAAAAGCCAGUGAAAUGUUCGCUAAUCGUCGACGUACCAACUUGAUGUCACUCAUUUAUGAUAGUCCCGAUCUUAGUCCGGAAGACAUUAUUAACGGCAAUUAUAAUGACAACGCUGAUAAUGAUGAAGGGAAUACAGACGAGGAUGAAGACGAAGAGUUCUUCAAAUUGAAACGAGAAAACGAAAAUGUCAAGAAAGAAAUAAUCGACUCUAGUCGUGAUCCUUUAGAUCCCGAAGAUUUGGAAGAUUGGGAUGAUGAAGACGUAUUAGAUUCCAUUCGAAACCGUUUUAUUACAGGUGAUAUUGACGCAGCUAAUGGAGAAAGUGCGUUCCCCCCGGAAGAAGACGAAAUUGAAGGCGAUUUUGAAGAUUUGGAAGCUGGCGAAAACGAAGUUGAGGAAGAACCAAAUGACGAGGAAGAGACUUCAUCUAGCAAGAAAAGGGAUAAAGAAGGCAUGAUUCGUGAUCCUGUUGCUGUUGAACGUGAAAGACUCGCCAAACGCAAAGAACAGUUACGAAGGAAAUUCGAAGAAGAAUAUGGUGAUGAUGAUGAAGGGCCAAAGAUGGACUUCUAUGAACAAAAGAAGUCAGAGAUUGAGCAACAGCUCGAAAUCAACCGUGCUGAAUUCGAAAAUGAUGAUCCUCAAACAAGAGCCAUGGUUGAAGGUUACCGUCCUGGUAGUUAUGUUCGUAUUUUACUCAAGGAUAUGCCUUGCGAAUUUGUGGAAAAUUUUAAUCCUACCUACCCUAUUCUUAUUGGCGGUUUACUGACGAGUGAAGACCAAUUUGGUUGGGUUCAAGUGAGAAUCAAGCGUCAUCGUUGGUUCCCCAAGACACUGAAAACAAAUGAUCCUCUUAUCUUUUCAAUGGGUUGGAGACGUUUCCAAACGAUUCCUAUCUAUUCCCUUAAUGAUGGUACACGUAAUCGUAUGCUCAAGUAUACACCUGAACAUAUGCACUGUUUGGCUACUUUUUAUGGUCCGGUGCAUACUCCUAAUACAGGUUUUUGUGCUGUUCAAAACGUUGCUGAUAAUAAGAGCGUGUCAUUCCGUAUCAGUGCAACAGGUGUCGUUGUAGAUAUUAGUCAGUCUGCAGAAAUUGUCAAGAAGCUCAAGCUUACUGGUUACCCCACUAAAGUGUAUAGGAAUACUGCUUUCAUUAAGGAUAUGUUCACUUCCGCUCUGGAAGUGGCAAAGUUCGAAGGUGCCAAUAUCCGUACUGUUUCUGGCAUUCGUGGUCAAGUCAAGAAGGCCUUGCCUAAACCAGAAGGUCACUUCCGUGCUACCUUCGAAGAUAAGGUCCUUAUGAGCGAUAUUGUGUUCUUAAGAGCAUGGUAUCCUGUCAAACCUCGAAAGUUCUACAAUCCUGUCACAUCAUUACUACUAUCUUCCAAAAAGUGGCAAGGUAUGCGUACAACGGGCCAAGUUAGAAAAGAAAACGACCUUCAUGCGCCUCAGAGAGUGGAUUCUAUCUAUAAGCCUGUUGAAAGAAAGGAGCGCCGUUUCAAUCCCCUUAAGGUGCCUAAAUCUCUACAAGCUGAACUACCAUUCGCCAACAAACCGAAAAAUGCAACGAAGAGUAAGAAGGCUUCUUAUCUUGCUAAACGUGCUGUUAUUCUAGAGCCAGAAGAGAAAAAGAUCGUGACCCUAAUGCAACAAUUGAACACCCUUCGUAAUGAAAAGGAUCGUAAGCGUAAGUUAAAGAAUAAUGAACGACGUGAGGCAUUGGAACAGAAGCGUGCAAAGAUUGCUGCCGAGAACGAAAUCAAGACCAAACAGCGCCGUAAAGAAUUUUUCAAAAAAGAACAACAGAAGGCGUCCAAAGCCAGU